UCGCGUAUUUAUUUUUCUUUUUUUUAGUUCUACUUUGUUGCUCCCUCAUUAAGUAGUAAAAGGGCUUAACUUUUUGUCAUGACAGAGGCUAAUAGCGGAGGAAAACAAAAAUUGGUUGUAGAUCGUGAAAAGACGGUUCCAUUUUUGUUACGAAUGUUUUAUCGAUUGAAUCAUCAUCACAGAGUCGACGAUUUUACACCCGAUCAUUUACCUACCGAGGACGAAGUGCAAAUAUAUACAUGGAAGGAUGCCACGUUGAAAGAAAUUUCUAAUUUAAUUAAAGAAGUGGUUCCAGAUGCUAAUAGGCCAAACGCAAAAUUGUCAUUUAAAUUAGUAUACAUUGAUAACUUACGUGGUAAAUAUGCAUUUAAAGAAUUAGGUACAAUUCAUAAUGUAACAACAUCAGAACAUGAUGAAAUAAACCUUGAUGAUGCUAGAUUUGUUAUUGGAGAUUUUUUGGACGUGGCAAUAUUUUUUGGACCACCUCCCAGACCUAUUGAAAGAAGAAGUAGUGUUUUAAGAGAUAGAAACCGAGAAAGAGAUAGAGGUGGAAGAAAUUAUCGUGGUAUUGGCAAUGACAGAGAUCGUGAUCGUGAUAGGGAAAGAGAUAGGGAAAGAGAUCGGGUAGAUCGGGACAGGGACAGGGAUAGGGAUAGGGAUAGAAAUGGAAUGAGAAUUGAGAGGGAUAGAAGAGAUGAACGAAGAGAUAAUAGAAGUUUUAGAGAUAGAAGACGAUGAUUUAUAUAUUGGAAUUUUUGCGUCAAUUAGUUCACUUGUAAAUUUUUAAUUUUUUUUCUUUGUGAAAUAGACUUUAAAAAUUCUUUACAUUUAUUUUUUUUUUUAAUCCUUUUAACAUAACUAUCCUAUUGCAUUUUACUUUUGAGCUCUACUCCUUUUUUCUUAAUAUAAGCAGAGUCUUUCACUUAAAAAUAAAUUAGGUAAUAAUUAUGAGAUAUGGCAAAUAGUUGAUAGAUAUAUAUAAUCUAUAAUAUUUUUCAAACGCAUUGUGUAUGCAAAAAUUCAAAAAUUGCAAUUCA